AUGAGGCUCGAAAUUUGUUCGAUAUUUGCUCUUGAUCAGAGAACGUUAAGGAAUAUGAGAAUUGGAACCAUAGAUCCUAAAAUAAGCCAACUAUUGACAAAAAAACAAGCCAGGCAAGUAAAAGAUAAAACUUCGCUUCAACAGCCGUCAACGUCAACAAGCAAGAGGGAAACAAAUGUAUCCUCUAUCCACAUUUCAUACAUUUGCAAUGACGAGUCUGAGACAAUGGAAAAUGUGGUAAAACCGUCCGAUCUCCAUAAUAAUCAUGCAAUUUCUACAGAACCAUCUGCUGAUAGUGAUAGAAUGGAUAGAAAAUAUAAGCUUCAAAUGAGACUUGAUUUCAAAUCUUUGCCUUCGGUGUGCGACAGAUAUGGAGUUUCUGAUAGGGCUGCUGCGGCCAUUGCUUCAGCCGUUUUAGAGGAUGUAGGAUUAAUUAAGAAAGGCGAUACCUCUAAAGUAGUAGAUAAAAAUAAAGUUAGAAGAUCACGCCAGAAAAUACGGACCGAACUUCAAGCUAAUGACGAUUUUCAGAAUAAGCCUUUGAAAGGACUUUAUUUUGAUGGCAGGAAGGAUAAUACGUUGCGACAAGAAAAAGUAGGAAACAAAUAUUAUAGAAAAACUGUUAAAGAAGAACACCUUUCACUACUCCAAGAGCCCGAAUCAGUGUACAUCGGACAUAUUGUUCCCGCCUCAGGGACAGCAAUUAAUUUGUGUGAUGCCAUACGCGUUUUUCUGGAAACUAAACAAAUUGACCAGAAGGAGCUAUUAGUGAUCAGGUGCGAUGGAACCAUAGUUAAUACAGGCAUGAAAGGAGGUGUGAUUCGAUUGUUGGAAGAGGCUUUAAAAAGACCCUUUCAUUGGUUUGUAUGCCAACUGCACAGUAAUGAGCUCCCUCUUCGUCAUUUGCUGCAAGAUUUGGAUGGACAAACAACAGGCCCACACUCGCAUAAGGGCCUAACAAUGCUUUGGAGGGUAUAA